AUGGUAGCUAACAGGAAAUUCUUCGUUGGAGGUAACUUCAAGAUGAACGGUACUCUCAGUGAGGUUGAGACUAUCGUUUCUAGAAUUAACGAAGCCAACUUUGAUGGAUCCACCGAGCUCGUCGUUGCUCCUCCAGCUCUAUACCUCCUCAAAAUCAAAGAAGAGCUCAAACCCCCCGCUGAAGUAUCAGCUCAAAACUCAUACACUGAGAAAUCAGGUGCUUUCACCGGUGAGAUCUCACCCAACCAACUUAAGGAUGCCAAUGUCCAUUGGGUUAUCCUCGGUCAUUCCGAGAGAAGAAGUCUGUUUGGUGAUACCGAUAAGCUCGUGGCUGAUAAGACCAAAGCCGCCAUCGAAGCCGGAUUAAGCGUCAUCGCAUGUAUCGGUGAAUCCCUCGAAGAGAGAGAAUCAGGUAAAACCCAAUCAGUAGUUGAGAGACAACUCGAAGCUAUCGCCAAGGAGAUCUCCGAAUCUGAAUGGAAAAACAUCGUCAUUGCUUAUGAACCUGUAUGGGCCAUCGGUACAGGUAAAGUAGCCACCAAAGAGCAAGCUCAAGAGACCCACGAGCAAAUCAGACAAUGGCUCGCUAAGAGAAUCUCUCAAUCUGUUGCCGAUAACACCCGAAUCAUCUACGGUGGAAGUGUUAAUGGAAAGAACUGUUCCGAUCUCUCCAACGCCCCUGACAUUGAUGGUUUCCUUGUUGGUGGUGCUUCUCUCAAACCUGAGUUCAUCGAUAUUGUUAACAGUCAAAAGGCAUAA